CUUAGGAACUUUGUUUCAAAUCCUCUGUCUCCCCUUUCUUCCUCUGUUUUUAAGCACUCCAAAUGGAUCCCAAUAAGUCCUUCGCAUUCAGAAAGCUUCUUUCUAUCUACAACUGUAUCUUUCUUUUCACAUACUUGGCCACCCAAACUGUAUCACAGCAUCCAAAGUUUAAGUCUUGUGAACUAAAAAACUGUGGUGCUGGCCCUAACAUAAGCUACCCUUUUUGGCUAUCUCAAGAACAAGAACCCUUUUGUGGCCAUCCAAAUUUUAUGCUCACCUGCAGUGACAAAAGGCCAGCACUCACAAUUUCCAAUGAUGUUUAUAUCAUUAAAGAUAUCUCUUACGCCACUAAUUCUAUGCGCGUGGCUAAUGCUGCUGUGUAUGAGGAAACCUGUCCACCUCUUUUGCAUAACAUUAGCCUUGAUAGAACACCCCUUACUAUUAGUCCUGGCUAUACUAAUUUCUCCUUCUUCUACAAUUGUACCUUAAAGCCCGAAGAUUACUACACUCUCUAUGCAAUAAGUUGUGCCACAAAUUCUACACAUUAUUCUAUUGCCGGUUUUCACUUGGAAGAAAUAGAGAUGCGCAGCAAUUACUCAUUGAAUUCAUGCCACGAUUUUGCUAAUGCUCCUAUCCACACUGGUGAAGAUAUUGGUAGUCUGCUUGGAGAAAAUUAUAUUGAGGUUUUGAAGAUGGGGUUCCUUAUGAAUUGGACUGCUCAUAAUUGUAGCACUUGUGAGAGCAGUGGUGGGCGUUGUGGAUUUGAGAAUAAUGAAUUCAUUUGUUUUUGCCGUGAUCGGCCUCGUCUCAAAUCUUGUGAUGCUGGUUCUAGUCUUAAUGUCAGACGGAAGAUUAUUAUUAUUAUUGGUGUUGUCUCUGGAUCAGCAGGAAUUUUAUUCAUCUGCGUGAUUCUUUAUUCCAGAAGGAAGGCCUCAUCAACUACCACUCCUAUUUUUCUAAAGAAGAAACAUAAUCAACAUCUUGAGGUUUUCAUAAGAAACCACGGACCACUAGCACUGAAAAGAUAUAAUCUGUCGGAUGUUAAGAAAAUGACCAAUUUUUUCAAAGAUAAACUUGGUCAAGGAGGCUAUGGAAUUGUUUACAAAGGAAAGCUACAGGAUGGCCAUCUGGUGGCAGUGAAGGUCAUGCAAGCUUCAAAAGGGGAUGGGGAAGAAUUCAUAAAUGAGGUUGCAAGCAUCAGUAGAACUUCCCAUGUCAAUAUUGUCACUCUACUGGGAUUUUGUUUGGAGGGUGACAAAAGAGUUCUCAUUUAUGACUUCAUGGUCAAUGGAUCGCUUGAAAAGUUCAUAAAUCAUGAAAAUGCUUUGCAAGCCAAUCAACAGCUGGGAUGGAAUAAAUUGUACCAGAUUUUAGUUGGCGUUGCUCGAGGGCUUGAGUAUUUGCAUCGAGGGUGCAAUACAAGGAUCGUGCAUUUUGACAUUAAGCCUCAUAACAUUCUUCUUGAUGCAGAUUUUUCCCCUAAGAUAUCCGACUUUGGACUUGCGAAGCCAUGCACUAGGAAGGAGAGCAAUGUAUCGCUAUUGGAGGCAAGAGGAACCAUUGGAUAUAUAGCACCAGAAGUGUUCAGUAGAAACUUUGGACAAGUUUCACACAAGUCCGAUGUCUAUAGUUAUGGAAUGAUGGCUCUAGAAAUUGUUGGAGGACGAAAGAAUCAUGAAGCUGAAAUGAGUUCCAGUAGCGAAAAAUAUUUUCCAGACUGGAUUUAUAGGCAUCUUGAGCUAGAUGAUGAGUUUGAAUUGAAUGGCGUGACAAAUGCAGAACAAUCUGACAUUAUGAGGCAAAUAGCAAUAGUUGGCUUGUGGUGCAUCCUCACAAAUCCAUCUGAUAGACCAUCCAUGAGAAAAGUGAUAGAAAUGUUGGAAGGACCUCUUGGAGCAUUGAAGAUUCCACCGAAGCCUCGCCUGUAUUCUCCUCCAAGAUUACUUUCAUAUUCAUCUACUACAUCAUUAACAUGAACUUGUAUCACACUGUUGUAUGAAGAUAAUGGACUGUUUCACAUCAAUCAACUGAGUGGCUCAUGUGAUUUUCUGAUGUAUUAACGAGAAUAAAACUAGAUUCAGCUUCAUUUAUACGGCAACUGCAUUGCCCAUCUCCUAGCUACAGGUUUGAACAUGGAACUAGCUACUGGGUCACGAAUUGUACUCAUGCUUUAAACAUAUUGAUGUGAUCAAAUGGCUUUUCCUGAAA